GGUCGGACAAUGAGUCGGAUGAGGAAGGCACAGGGAGAAAGCCCUUGACAGCUCAGGAAAAGGAGUAUGUCCGACAAGGCAAGGAGGCCAUGGAGGUCGUGGACCAAAUCCUCGCCCAGGAGGAGAACUGGAAGUUCGAGAAAAACAAUGACUUUGGUGAUGUUGUUUACACUUUUGAAAUCCCUUUCCACGGCAAGACCUUUAUUUUAAAGGCUUUCCUGCAGUGCUCUCCCGAGCUGGUUUACCAGGAGGUGAUUCUCCAGCCGGAGAAGAUGAUCCUGUGGAACAGAACAGUGGCAGCGUGCCAGAUCUUGCAGCGGAUCGAGGACAACACGAUUGUCUCGUACGACGUGGCGGCCGGAGCUGCCGGAGGGGUGGUUUCCCCAAGGGAUUUCGUGAAUGUGCGUCGGAUCGAGAGGAGAAGGGACAGGUACGUUUCCUCAGGGAUAUCGACCACGCACAGCCUGAAGCCUCCUCUCUCCAAGUACGUCAGGGGUGAGAAUGGACCCGGAGGAUUCAUCGUCCUGAAGUGUCCCAGCAACCCCAGGGUCUGCACCUUCGUCUGGAUUCUCAACACAGACCUGAAGGGUCGGCUGCCGCGGUACCUGAUCCACCAGAGCCUGGCUGCCACCAUGUUCGAGUUCGCCUUCCACCUGCGCCAGCGCAUGGCCGAGCUCUGCUCCAAGCCCUGAGGACAUUCCACGGCCCUCUCUGCUCCGGAGGGGGGGGGGACAGGACCCUACACCCCCCCCAGAGAGGGGACCCCCCGCUGCCAGCGCUGGGCUGAGCCCGGGGAGGGGGCUCAGCUCCUCCUGCCCCCUCGUCGGGGCCCUGGAACCACUGACUGUUACGUGCCAAACCCCUGCCCUGCCCUCCUCUGGGGCUGGGCUGGCCCCCCCUGCCCCACACAGGGCAGGUGUGACCCCCUCCUGCCCCACACAGGGGGUGGGGGCUCAGCUGUGACCCCCAAAUUCCUGUCCUUGCGCCCCAAUUCCGUGAGGAAGAGGAGAUGGGGGUGGAGGCUGCAGUGGGGUGAGGGCACACCCGAGCCCCGUGCCAGCUCUGACGUCGGGGUUUAGGCACAGCCUGUGUCCCCCCACACCCCCUGUGCCCCCCGGGGCUGUG